AUGAGCUCAAGCAAUAACCGGCGACGGUCUCAUGGUAGCGGUGCAGGUGUCUGGCUGCGUCGAAAUGUGUGGCUGGUGGCCGCGACGACACUUGUGGUGAUCUAUUGCGUGUUCAUGGUGUACACGACCAUGUGGGCGCAAGGCUUCGGUGCUCAACAGCGCACGAAGGAAUCAGAUCAUUUGGCCCAGGAUAGCAACGCCAUGAAGGAGGCGAUGGCUGCAUUGAAAGAAAUGGGCGCAAUCAGGGGAGAAAAUACGCAUGAAGAGGCGGAAGAGCAGGCUGAGGAAGCAGCAGAGGAUGGCAGGGAACAACUCGUCAAAGGAGAAGGAGAACAGGAGAACGUGGGCGAGGCAGAGACCCACAACGCACACGCAGCAGCGACGACGGGACCCCGACUUCGCACAGGGAACGAAGGCACCGUCGCGUACGAUGAUAAAGUGCCUCUCGAAGAUGUGGGAGAUAUUCCCAUGGUAGGAGCGACUGCAGAAGUCGAGUUGGAAACGCGAAUGAGUGGAAAAGAGAAGGUAACGCCGUCAAAGACGGAUACAACAGCAAACAAAGGGCCUGCACAGUUGACGAUAUCCGUAACGAAGACAGCUAAUGACAGUGAUCAUCUGUGGACUGGCGUGGAGAAGCUACCUCUUGCUGGUGAAGGAAUUCCUGGGGCUAUUCCUACUGAUUCUGAUGCUCAGAAUUCAACACAAGCUGCUCAGGUGAAGAUAAGUAAUUUCAAGUCGAGACGAUUUGAUAAAGCACGACUCGUUUUGGAGACACCCGAACAAUUGAACGCGUCGAUUCCAUUCGAAAAGCGACACCAUACCAUUUUCGGCUACAACGCUACCUUGGCGUAUCUUCAACUCUAUUCGAAACCCGCCAACUCGAAAGAAGAACUAUUCCUGUUCUUUACAUGCAGCGACAGCAAAGGCGGACGACAUGACUGGAAUCCCAAUUGCGCAACGGCACGCGAUAAGGUGUACGCUACUUUUGCCAAGUCACCGUCUACGAAUCGUCUUGUAACAAUUCAUGCAGGUCCUCGCGAGGACUGGAUGGGUGGCAACGCCUUCACAGACGAUGAUGAUCUUCGUCUGAAGGCUGUUCCUACCUUAAUGCGUUGGGAUGGCGGUGCGCCCGGUGCUCUGCGUUCGACGUGGGGUGUGCUAGUGGAUAAUUCGAUACUUUAUGAGCCGUUGGUGCGCUACCUCUUCCGUAAUGCCGACGAACAGGACAAACUAUUAGCGAAGCCAGAAGUGGAGACCAAGAAGAUCAUUACACUGAGAGGUUACGUGCAGUACCGAGCGUUUAUGGAAUCUUACGCCAGCAAUGGAACCUCGUACCCGCUUUUCAUGAUGAUGGUAUCGGGUCGGUUUCAACGCAACAACCGCCUCUGGUGUCCGUGGUGUCGGCAGUCUGAAAUGCCGGUGGAGUAUGCGUUCUACGCCUACGCACCGGCCAAUGCCAAGCUCGUCCUUGUGGAGACCUAUGACAAGUACAUCGAGUGGCGGAAUCCUGACAAUGAGUUUAAACAGGAUCCGCAGCUUGCGAUGAAAGGAGUGCCGUGGUUCUAUCGAGUAUAUCCGGGCCCACCCGGCGCACCACUCACGUAUCAGCGCGUCAAGAAGAAAUUCUACAUACUCGAGGCGUUGCAGCAAGUUUUCCAAGACUCCGGCUGAAUAUCAGAGACUUCAACAUGAGUUCAGAUACUUUAGAAAUGGUAGACAAUAUUUUAACCAAUCAAAGGACAAGUUUCAAACGGUACGU